AUGCCGCUUGAAACGAUAUAUCUUACUCGCCAUGGGCAUCGUCUCAACUGGACAAUCGAUCUCCGCACCGGAACCUACAAGUCCCAAUUUCCCACGCCAACAGGGAAUCCUGCAGACCCAGCGUUGACAUCGUACGGUAUACAACAAUCUCAUGAACUGGCUGCGCACAUCGGCAACCCAGAGUUUCACCCGAAGCCCUUUCGAGUCUAUUCUAGCCCGUUUUAUCGUUGUUUGCAGACCAUCCGACCUUCCGUCGAAGAACUGAAGAAGCAAAACAAGCCAGAUGCAGGCCGUGAGACAGGCGUAACAAGUAUUGACCCCGACUCAAACUUUGAUGUCCGAAUUGAGAAUGGAAUUGGAGAAUGGUUCGGCCCGACAACCUUCUUCGAACAUCCACCCCAUCCUACCCCCGAAACAAUGCAGCAGCACUUCCCAUCCAUCGUUGCGUCAAACCCUUUAAACAACUACACACCUACCCUCCACCCUUCUCGACGUGGAGAGACAAUCCUCCAGCUCCACAACCGUCUCGCAACGGCUUUGGAAGGUAUAAUCGCGGGUCUGGACGCCGAGAUCACUGCCCUAGAAGCAGAUACGCCACCCGAGCAACGGACCAGUAAAUCAGUGCUGAUCUGCUCGCAUGCUGCACCGCUUAUCGCGAUGGGCCGUGUAUUGACAGGUCGAAUGCCAGAAGACCCAUCAGAGGAGGACUUUUUUGUGUUCACGUCGGGACUGAGUACGUUCCGGAGGCGUGGUACUUACGCACCUGGGAGCAGCGCAGAAUACAGGAAUUCUCCGGAUGAUCUAGCUGAAGGGACGGAGCUUUUGCGUGCUCAAGGUGUUCCCGAGUGGAUGGGUUGUGGCGUUGGCGGUGGAUGGGAUUGUUUGAAGAAUGGAGAUUGUAGCUUUUUGAGUGGUGGUGCUGAGCGUGGAUGGCACUUUAAUGGUGAGGAGUCUUUUGAUACUGGUCCUAUGGCACCAGUUUCGGAGCCGCCCGCGACGAAGCUUUGA